AUGGGUGAGACCACAAAGGUCCAGAAGGGCAAGGUGUCAGCCAAGCGCAAUAGCGAGGCACGCCGUGAGCAGAACCGCCUUGCUAGCCGAAACUAUCGCGAGAAGCGGAAGCAGAAACUCGCCCUGCUAAAUAAGCUUUUGGAGCCCAGCAACCUUUCUAGUAUCACCGGCAAUGGUCAUAUAGAUAACGUUCCGGGCCCCAGUGGUCUGAGUGAUAUCGGCGCUCCCCCAUUGCAAAGUCAAACAUUGUCCAACACACCUCUGUCUAAUCCUCACAUACCAUUGGAUCUCAAUAGCUUCGACGGCACCGGGACAUAUUUUGUACCGCAAACUUGGGAAGAUUCUACCCAGGAAUCGAUUCCAACGGUCAUUUCUAACCAACUGUUUUCAGAAUUUCUGCCACUAGGUGACAAAGGCAACUCUUCCAGCCUUGGAUCUCACGACCAAUGGGAAGCUGUUAUGCCUGGGCUUGUACAACAAUCUCCAACGUUUACAGGUGAACUCACAACAGACUACAUGGGCUACAGGGCUAUAGAAGAAGUCUUCGAGGAUAGUUCAGACCCAGGCCACAGCGGCUCUCAAGGAUCCUCAAGUAAUGACGAUAGUUCUCUCGAAGACGUCAUACACGGUGUAGAGAGCCUCACCAUUGAACAAAAACGAUCUCUUCUUCGUCGUCUACAACAAGAUACCCGGGAUCCAAAAUCUCCGUCUCCUUCGCAAAAGAUAUGGCAUCAGACUCCCGGCCAACUUCAAGCUAUUCAAUUUGCGAGAGCGCUAUACAAAACAGCAAAUGCGAGACCAUCGCUUUUCCCAGCACAGUACACAAUGGAGCCGGGGAUAUUUGGUGCAAUAUUCGCAAACUGCUAUGCUCUCGGCAUGGCGGGUGUAGACGAGAUACUCCAUGAUGAUGGUUGCAGUGUGUUCUCUGUUACCCCGGACGAGGGCCAUCAUCCAUCAAAACUGUCCUUGGUGAAAUCAAGAUUUCGGGAUGUAUCGUCUGACCUUCAACCGACUGAGAAACAGUUAACGUUUGGACAUCAUCCUUAUAUUGAUGUUAUUCCGUUUAAAAUCUUCCGUGAGAAUCUCAUCGCCAUUCUCGAUCGAGAUCCCAAUGCCAUUGAUGAAGGGGCUCUAUGUCAUGAUAUUCUUUCCGGCGGUUUCACAUGUUGGGGAGCUGGGCGGAACUCACAUGGUAUGGGUGCAGGCGUGCCAUGGGACUCACGUAGUUGGGAGCCCAGUAUAUGGUUUUUAAUGAAGUAUCGUGUAUUAGCAGUAUUACAAGAAAGUGCUAUAAAGACAGGGUCGAGGAUAUAA